AUGACUGGCGCUACGGGCAGCGAGGCUGAGCUGUUGCCGAUUUCCAGCGCCGCCUCAGCUUUUCAAAAGUUUCGUCCCACCUCUCACUUUCUCGCCCCUCGAGGCUGGAUGAAUGACCCAGCUGGGCCCACCUAUGACGCUCAAACCGGCUUGCAUCAUCUCUUUUAUCAAUGGAACCCUAAAGGCUCCACCUGGGGCAACAUGUCUUGGGGACAUGCGACCUCCACUAGUCUGGCCGGGCCUUGGAAGCACGACAAUGCGAUCGAUGGCGCCAAUGAGCACCAAGCCGUACUCGCACCAGCAGCGCCGUACGAUUGCGAAGGCAUCUUCACCGGCUGCGUUGUGCCUCACGGUCCAAAUGGAGAGCAGGGAAUCAUGACAGCGCUUUACACGGCCGUCUCGGCUUUGCCAAUCCACUUCACACGCCAGUACCAACGCGGCUGCGAGAAGCUUGCUAUGGCCACCUCUUUGGACGAAGGCAAGUCGUGGUCUAGAUCGCCUCUCUCGCCCAUCUUGCCUGGCCCACCAGAGGGCAUCGACGUCCUUUCAUGGCGAGAUCCAUUCGUCUCGCCCUGGCCCGAGAUGGACAGCCUCCUCUCCGCGGAGAAGCCCCAUUACUACGGCAUGAUCGCUGGAUCAGUGCCCAACGUUGGUCCAAGGAUCUUUCUCUAUCAGAUUCCGAUGAACGACUUGUCGUCUUGGACGUUCAUCACUACUCUCGGCGAGUAUUGCGUCAAUGCGUCGCUGCCAGGCAUGCCAUGGUGCGGAGAAUUAGGCGCCAACUGGGAAGUCGGAAUGUUUUUCCGCUUGCCUCAUUCCGACGGAUCAUCACGCAUCACGCAAUACUUGUUGCUAAACGUUGAGGGUUGCAAGAAGGCGCAACCCGCCCGACACCCAAUGUGGGUGGCAACAACAUUUGUCAAGGACAGCGUCAGCGGCUUGCCAAAGAUGGUCGCUCACGCGUCUGGCCUGCUCGAUGAGGGCUGCGCCUAUGCGGCGAGCGCCUUCCACGAUGCUCCAACUGGUCGGCGCAUGAUGUGGUCCUGGAUCACCGAAGAUGACUUGCCCGAAUCGUACUAUGAUGCGCAAGGAUGGAGUGGCCUGAUGGCGUUGCCGCGCGAACUGCAUCAACUCGAACUUUCAAACGUCAUUGGCGCUCUUCAUUCCCCUUUGAGCGCCAUCGGCAGUAUCCAGUCGGUGCCCAGCAAUGCUGUUCCAGGAACCUGCACGGUUUCUACCCUCGGUAUUCGCGUUGCACAAGAGGUUGAGCGUCUUCGCAAAGGCGCGCAACGGCGACACGAGUCGGGCGUCAUUCGAUUCGACUCGGCCAACGGAACGGCAUUCCAGCUUUUGGACGUCGCAUCGCGGUCGUGGGAGUUGUCGACUGAGGUUGAAGUCGCUUCCGGUACCGCAGAGGUCGGUCUCAGUAUCGCGCAUAACCAAGACCGCACAAAGUGCACUACUGUGGCUUUCCGACCAUCCGAAGAGCGUCUGGUCGUAGACCGUACGCGUUCGACCUCGGCCUCGCGCGGCAUCAAGACGGCACCUAUCGUUUCACCCUUGACCCUCUUCACCUUUUCUUCUACCAACGGCGACAUUACCACCGAAAAGCUGAGACUGCGCAUCUUCUGCGACAAUAGCGUUCUGGAAAUCUUUGCCAACGACAGAUUGGCCCUCGCCACUCGUAUUUAUCCCGACGAUCCCAGCUGCGUGCUCUUGAGCGCAUUUGCGCGCGGACCAGCCAACUUCACAAAUCUCGACGUGUGGGAAGGGCUGGCAUCUGCCUUUUAG